AUGUCACUACAGAUGGUAACAGCCAACGAUAACAUACUGUUAAUCUAGCCAGGCUUCUCACUGAUGAAUUUUGAUGGGCAAAUUUUUUUCUUUGGCCAAAAACACUGGCCCAAGAGAUCCUGUCCCACGACAGUUUUCCAUUUUGAUGUAAAGCAAACUCAUCUCAAACUAAAGCCUGUAGUUUUCUCUAAAGAGUGCUGCUACCCACCUUUCUCUCUUUACUACUCAGCCAUUUGCUCAUAUAAAUGUAACCUUUAGUUUAAAAAAUAUCAGUAUAUCAUCCAGGGAGGGAAAAUACAAUCAAACAAUGAGUUUUCAGAUAAGAUAUGUUAUUUUCCACUGUACAAAGACUUGGUAGGAGAUUUUACUGAUGGAUAUGAUCAUUCCAUUGAUAUAUAUAGGUGAGGGGAAAGUAUGGGUGUUCUCUUUGAAGGAUGGUCUUACAUGCCUUCUACCCAAACAACCACAGAAACAUAGAAUGGGGUAUCUGACUGCCUGCCCCAUGAUUUCCUGGUGGAUUUUGAAUUUGGGCCUACUGUAUAAUGCAUUCUUCCAGAACUUCAGGUUGGGCUAUCUUUUCAUAUCUCUAUGGCCAGAAAUGAUACCCCCUUCCAUCCUAAAUGUAAAGAAUACUCACUUUUCAAUAAUAUCAGCCCUGCUAGUCUGUACAGAAUAAGGGUUGAUCUUCUCCUGGGUAGUCCUGCUGAGUGCACAAUCUUUGUUUCCAGUGCAAUCUUGAGUCAGACAAACAAUGAUGAAUUUGUUAUUGUGGGUGGCUAUAAGCUUGAAAAAAAUAAUGUUCUGCAACAUUAUAAUGUAAUGUUCUCUCUGGUGGACAACAAGAUAAAAAUUCAUGAGAUGGAGGCCCUAAACUAGACCCCAGAUACUAAGCAUAGCAAGAUAUGGUUUGGAAGUAGCAUGGGAAGUGGAACUGCUUUCCUUGGCAUACCAGGAGACAAUAAACAGACUGUCUUAGAACCAUUAUAUUUCUAUAUGUUGAUAUGUUCUGAAGAUGGUAUGAAUGAAGAUAAGAAAGCAUUGACAAACAGUCAGGCAUCUAUGGAAGAUCCAAGGGACUCCACUCCUUUGGAAAAUUCAGAAGAAAUUUGUGUUGGUGUAGAAACAAAUAGUUUUUAUGGUGAUGAUGAAUUUGACACUUAUAAUGAAUAUGAUGAGGAAGAUGAGUCUUUAGCAGGCUGCUGGAUAAAAUGUUGCCCUACUUGUGAUGUGGAUAUUAAUACUUGGGUACCAUUCUACACAACUGAGCUCAACAAACCUGCUAUGAUCUACUACUCUCAUUGAGAUGGGCACUGGGUCCAUGCCCAGUUCAUGUAUCUGACAGAAUGUACACUUACCCACUUGUCACAAGGAAGCAACACGUAUUAAUACUUCAAUGAGCAUGUGGAAAUGGCAAUAUCAUUGCAAACUCCCAAAAGAAUCCUGCCCUUAUAAACGUCUCCAGUGAAAUCUCUCCUCAAAAAGGACUCUGGGAAUGUCCUUACUCCUGCCAAUAAAUCCUUUCUUAGAAGGUUCUUUGAUUCGUUUUUAAAUGGAAUUCAAAUUCAACUGUAUUAA